AUGCAACAAGGUAAUGCUAAUGAAGUACGAAUUCAAGUUGAGGAAGCUUACGAAUAUUCUAAAAAGCUACAAGACCCAGAACAAGUACAGCCCUUCCUCAGUAAAUGUGCCGAGAUGGCCUCAGAUGCUGUUACAACAGAUGAACGUAAAGCUAUUGAGCAAAGAGAGAGACAAAUUGUAAGAAUAAUGGAUGAGUCUCAACGCGUAGAAACUCAAGUAUUAUUUAAGCGUAUGUCUACAGUGCCAAAAGGACGAAGAUUCUCUGUGUUACCACAAAAGCAGGAAGGUGUGGAUUUAAAAUCAGAGCGACGACGUCGACGUCAGCGAGGUCUAUCUGUAAUACCUGGACCAGAGAAAACUUUAGCCCCAACACCAAAAUCGAAUACUCCUGGGUUUCAAAUAUUUGAUGUGUAA